CUCCUCUCUGUAUCUCACAGCAGCAGCAGCAGCAACGCCUCUGGGAGGAUGGAUGGAGCGGGCUCGUUCGGAGCGGGCCGAGCCGGUUCGGCCUUUGAUCUGAUUGCGUUCAUCAAACAACCACAGACAACCCUAAGAGUCCUGGCGUGGAUCUUCUCCAUGGUGGUCUUUGCUUCUAUCAUAAAUGAGGGCUAUGUGAAUAUGGGCAGUGAGCGCCUGCACUGUGUCUUUAAUAAGAACGCAGACGCCUGUAACUACGGCAUCACUAUAGGAAUUGUGGCUUUCUUAGCCUGUGUCUCCUUCCUGGCCAUGGAUGUCUACUUCCCCCAGAUCAGCAGUGUUAAAAACAGAAAGAGAGCAGUGCUGUUGGAGAUGGUUUUUUCAGGUUUCUGGACAUUCCUUUGGUUUGUAGGAUUCUGCUUUUUGGCCAGUCAGUGGAGUCGUACUUCCCCUAAGGAACUGCCGCUGGAGCAGGCGUCAGACGCGGCACGAGCAGCUAUCGCCUUCUCUUUCUUCUCCAUCCUUACCUGGGCGGGCCUUACGGUGUGCGCCGUUCAGAGGUUCCUGCUCGGUACUGACAUGACACUGUUCACCACCGAGCACAUGGCCGCCCAUCCGCCCAAGCAGCCGUACCCCUCCAAUGACAUCAUCGGUCAGACCACCAUCCCCGUCAACGCUUUCCAGAGUCCACCGCUCAUCGAAACCGUGGAGACCUGCCCCCCUGGAUACAAGAUCCCGCCUGCAUUUUAAUCCACAACCAAUCAGAAGACAAGGAAUAUAGCAGCGCUAAAGGACUGAGUAUAGACUGCCGUCAAUGUUAGCUAAAUGUAUCGUAUCGUAUUGCAUUUUAGUAACAGGGUGGUGAGGAGAUGAUGCUCACUUUCUGUAGUCUGCACUAUAAUACAGUCUGGUAAUGUAUAGUCUCACUUCAACCUGAGCAAAGAUGGAUGUUUUGGGUUGAUUGUGAUUGCGUACACAAAUGUUUUACAUUCGGCUACAAAUAAUUGUCAAAAUCACCAUUGGCGAUUUAUUUAGUAUUUAUUGUUUAAUUAAAAAUAGUUAAAGGUGCACUAAGUAUUGGCUCUUGCAUCAUUUAAAAGGCAAAGUUUUUGCUGAGUAAAUAUUGACAGAAUUUAAUAACUAAAAUUCAGAAAAAGCUUAUCUAAAUGAUGACUUUUUUUGCCAGUUUGAUGAAUUGAAAUUAUGUGAUUGAAGUAAAAUCAAUCAAAUAAAAUAUAAAUCUUACAGGAAAACCUUAAAAAACUGGAGUUUUAGACCACUAAUAUGAGCUGAGUCAUAUUUCAUAUCUAAAAUUUACAACAUAUUUUAUAAAAGUACUAUUCGUUUCUUUCAGUGUAAAACUCUUUCAAUUCCAAAAGUUACAGUACUUGGUGUACCUUUAAGUAUAACAAAAGGAUUAUAUUAAUAUUUUGGUUGCACUUUAUUUUACAGUAUGUGUACUUACAUGUACUUAUAGUGUACCUACAGUAUGUUUAAUCUAAGAAAGUUAUGGUAAUACAAGGUAACUACAAUAUUAUAUAAAUACAAGGUAGGGUUAGGUUUAGGAUUAAUAGGAUUAAUCAGGGUUAGUACCUAGUUAUUACAUAGUUAUUGUAAUUACUAUAUUAAGUACAUAGUAUGUACAUGAGAAACAGGACUGUAAAAUAAAGUGCUACCAAUAUUUUUGUGUUUCUGAUUAUCAAAUGUCUUGGCACAGCUGAUUGACAGAUGUACCAAACGAUACAUCGAUCAACAUCUUCUGCUGUUAAAUCAGUUCUGUCCACACACAUUGUCAAAAAUCAGUUUUUGUUGAGAGAAUUAGCAAAUGUGUUUAUAAGUGCUUACAGUAUGUCACUAUUAAGAGAGAGAGAGAGAAAUAAUGAGAAAUGGUGAAGAGAAUGAGCAAAUGUGUGUGUGUGUGUGUGUGUGUCUGCUGAUGGACUCUAGUAGCAGUCAUAAACAUUCCGGAUGAGAUAACUGAGAUUACUGGAACAGAUUGUUUACUUUAACAAGCAUACUUGUGCAUAUGUGUGUGUGUGUGUGUGUGUGUGUGUGAGUGUGGGUGGGAAUGUGUGUGCUUGCUCUAAUUCUGUCUAAUUGCAUGAGAUGUUAAAAUGCCACAAAUUUCCCACUGAAGCAGAGAUGUACUUGUUAUAUUUUGUUAAUGGAAGAAGUUACAGUGGUUAUUAAAGUCUUUAAGUUGACAUAUACAGUACCAUGAGGUCCUGAAUAAAGGUGAAUCAGUACAGUGAAGCAGACUGCUGGAUGAUGA